GCGGCGCGGCGUGGCCAUGGCGCUGUUCUGCAUCCAGAGGUACGGCGGGGAGGACGAGCAGGAGGAGGAGGCUGAGGCGGAGGACCGGGCUCGGCUCCUGCUAGAGCGGCUGCAGCAGCAGGCGAGGGCCCGGCAGCUUAAGAAGCAGCGAGAGGCGCAGCCCCAGGGAAGGGAAGGCCCAGGGAACGACGGGCUGAGCCCCGGGGUGGAGCCCGGCGAAGGAAAGAGGAAGAGGGAAAGUGAAGAACAGCCCAGUGCGCUUAGACAGAAGAAGCUAAAGACAAAACAACAGCCCCGCAGCUCUUCAGAAGAAAGGGCUGGUACUGAGGAAGCAGCAGAUGGCAGCAGCCCCACAAAGAAGAAAGUAAACAGAAGAAAAUCGAAAGUGCAGCGAGGGAGGACUGAAGCAGAUUCUGAAGAAGACAUAAAACAACAAGAAAACAGAAACAACUUUAGAAACAAGUCUAAUAAAAAGAAGAAGACAGAUGAGGAAACACAAGGACAUGAAACAGGGAAGAAAGAGAGCAGUGAAAAAGCUGAAGGAAAUCAAACUACAAAGGAGGAGCUGCCUUUAGUAGCUCCAGGGGAAGAAGCAAAUUGUCCACCCUCUAGUGUGAUGAUUCUUGGAGACUACAAUGCAAAGCCAGUGCAGAAGGUCCAGCCCUUCUUGCCACAGUGGCUUGCUCAACCCAAACGGGUGCAGAAACGCAUCAGAGAUAAUCUAUGUCCAAUCAGAGAAGUCCCAGGAAUCCAUCCUCGGCUGCUGAAAAAGCUGCAAAUGAAUGGAAUAGAGUCCUUUUUUCCAGUCCAGGCAGAGGUGAUUCCUGCCAUUCUGCAGAGUGCCUCCAAUGGGUACCUGAUGGGGCGGGGGGGAUACCGCCCCAAGGACAUCUGUGUCUCAGCACCCACGGGCAGUGGGAAGACCCUGUCUUUUGUCAUACCCAUUGUACAGGUUCUGUUAGAUCGAGUGGUUUGCCACGUACGAGCUCUGGUUGUUCUGCCCACCAAAGAACUGGCACAACAGGUGAGUAAAGUGUUCAACGUUUACACUGACGGGACGGGUCUGAAGGUCGCUUUGAUUACUGGCCAGAAAUCUUUUGCAAAGGAGCAAGAGAUGCUUGUCCAGAAAAAAGUGACAGGCUACUGCAGCCUGGCUGACAUUGUGGUGGCCACACCUGGGAGGCUCACGGAUCACAUUAACCAGACCCCAGGCUUCAGCCUGACACAGCUUCGCUUCCUGAUCGUGGAUGAAGCUGACCGUAUGAUUGAUGACAUGCACCAGAACUGUCUGAACCGAAUUGUCAAAGCUGUAUUCCAAGGAGAAAAUGGCUCUGGCUCCAACAUGCUUUUUCAGAGGACCAAACCAGGGCCUGUAACAGCAGCCAGUUCCUGCUCUCCUCAGAUACCCUUACAGAAAUUGCUGUUUUCAGCCACACUGACCCAGGACCCAGAGAAAUUGCAGCAGCUGGAUUUAUUCCAGCCUCGUCUCUUCACAUCUGUGUAUUCUGAGAAAAAUAGAGAUGGAACAGAAACUGAACAAGAUACUAAUAAUAAAUACACACUCCCUGAGGGGCUAUCGCAAUGUUAUGUGCCUUGUGACCUGAAUUCCAAGCCUCUGCUCCUCUUGUAUUUCAUGCUGACAAUGAAAUUCACCCGCGUGUUGUGCUUUACCAACUCCAGGGAAGCCUCACACAGGCUGUUCCUGCUGGUUCAAGCCUUUGGUGGAAUCACGGUGGCGGAGUUUUCCUCUCGGUUACCUCCAAAUGAGAGAAGGAGAACCAUGAAGGAGUUUGAACAAGGAAAAAUACAACUGUUAAUCAGCACAGAUGCCACAGCCCGAGGGAUUGAUGUUAAAGGAGUGAAUUAUGUGAUAAACUAUGAUGCACCACAGUUCAUCAGGACGUACAUUCACCGGGUUGGAAGAACAGCUCGUGCAGGAGAAGCAGGUGUUGCUUUCAGCUUGGUCCUUAGAAUUCAGGAGCGGCGCUUUCUGCGCAUGUUGAGGGAUGCUGGCAUCCAAGAUAUAAAGAAACACCCAGUGAAGGGCAACUCAUUGAAGCCAUUGGUGCAGCAAUAUGAGGGAGCUCUGUGUAAGCUCGAGAAGACAGUAAAGAAUGAGCGAGCACAGAAACGAGCCUGAAGGAGUGGAAGCUGAGAUGGCUGAUGUGGCACUGAAGCUGCUGUUCCCCAUGGACUGUUCCCCAGCACAGCAACAUUGAGUCAUGGUCCUUCAAUGGUCAGUUCCUCAACCUUAUCAAGUAUGAAGUCAGCUAUUACAGGCCUUACUCCUCUUUCAAGGACACUGUGAAUAGAGUUCAGUUACUGGUUUAUUAAAAAAAAAAAAAAGAUAAAUUUUGAGAUACAGGUUGUCUUGAAGAGGACUUUGUAUCCUGCUAGCAUAUCCAGCUCUUGAGCGUGGCCUGAUGGAACUGCUGCCCUCCAAUGGUGAAGGCUGGGCUCUCACUUCUGCUCUGGGACAAUGGUUCUGGGACAAUUUGUCUGCAAAUGCAUAAAGACCUGUGCAGUGCCUGUAGCAGAAAUGUGUUUGAAGAGCUGCUCUAGGCUGCAGUGACUCCAACUUUUAAGUAAAUAUUAAAUAAAUAUUGUAUAUAUUUUUAGAACAGUGUCUAUUAAAGAUUCCUGGGCUCAGGAAUUGGACUUAACUAUCCUUGGUUCCUUCCAACUCAGGAUAUUUUAGAAUUAGGGAUGGAGAUGCUGUUAGAAGGACACAAGUCUUGGGUCUUGUCCUUUUCUUGCCUAUGUUGUUUCCCUCCAAUGUUCUGUACCAGAGGUAACAGCAGGUAUUAUUAAGUGCAGAUUGAUGUUAAUGCAGACUGAAAUGUCUGAUGUCUAAUAUGAAUGU